GGCAUUUGUACAUUGACUAUUGUACUUUGCUAAUUAUUUGGACGGAUCAACUAGUGAACCAUAUAUAUGUUAUUUAACUGAUGACGAAAACAAAUCAAUUAAUGUAAAUCAAGAAAAUAUUUUCCGAAAACAAACAUGAUGUUAUUAUUUUUCUUCAGAUAAUUAUAUCUCUUUGAUAACCUUCCGCUCACCUUGAACGAUAGAAUGACAGGAAGGCAAAUAUUAUACAAGAAUAUUUUAUUUAGUCUAAAGAUGAAUCGCCUCACAUCCAUCUGUUUAUUGAUGUUCUUCGUAUUUGUUGUGAGCGUAUCGGCUGAUGGCCAUCUUCAGAUUUUUGGAGGCAGGCGGCUACUCGGAUUGGCUACUAAAAAGCCUAUGCUUUCAGAUCUUAAAACGAACUAUAUGGGAAGAGGUUGAGGUAUCCUUCAACAAUAGCCCUCUUAUCCCUGUAAAACAAAUCCGAUACCUAGGACUCCACCUGGACAAACGACUCACUUUGAACCCCCAUAUCAGACUGAAACGACUAGAAACUGCUCGAUGUUUUCGACUAAUACAGCACUAA